GAGGGCUGUAAAUCUACCAUCUUGUGUAUGUGGUAUUAUGUUGCUUACACUGCUGGGAGCCUGGGUUGGAGCCUUCACUCUACCAUUGGACUGGGAUCGAGAGUGGCAGGUAGGAGACAUUUCCCAAGAUAAUUUCUCACUUUUGUUAUAUAACUUACCAACUGUUGUAGCUAACUUUUGUAUGCUAUUUCAUUCAUUUUUGACACGUUUUAUCAUGACAAUCUGAAAGCCACAGGUAUAUUUUCUGUCAUAGAUGAAAACAUUUUGACGUUAUGCCCCCCCCCCAAUUUUGGAAGAAUGACGAAAAAAGAAAACUUAUAUGUAAAGCAUUAUUAUCUUAAACGUUUAGGUGUGGCCAAUACCUUGUGCAGUUGGUGCGAUGACAGGACAUUUUGUAAGUUUAUUAAUUUCAACAAUUCUUUUGUGUUGGAAGCACAGAAAAAGAAACAAAAAUAA